UGUGGUCAUGUUGGCACGGGGACUUCUGUUGAUUUUAAUGUGAUAGUUACAAGGAGGAGCUUAUCUCAGUCUUGUGACUUGAUUUUGGAACCUUUGCUCCUGGACAGUAAAAGUUAGAAAUAAAAGGCACUGGCACAAUGCACUACACAGCAUUAUCUGGCUGACUUUAACGUUAAUGAGAGUCAAACAAGAUUAUUGGAAUUAUGAGAGAAGAAACUGACAAGGCUGUGAACCAGCAGGUGAUCAGUGUCUGGGUGCGGGACCCACGGAUACAAAAGAAUGACUUUUGGCAUGCCUACAUAGACUACGAAAUUUGUUUGCAUACCACCAGCGUGUGCUUCACCAAGAAGAUCUCAAGUGUGAGAAGGAGGUACAGUGAGUUUGUAUGGCUCAGACAGAAGCUACAAGCAAAUUCACUGCUAUUGGUACAGCUGCCAGAGCUGCCCCCGAAGAACCCCUUCUUCAGCCUGAACAACGCCCAGCAGAUCACUGAGCGGAUGAAAGGGCUCCAGAAGUUUUUGGAACAGACCCUGCAGAGCCCUCUGCUGCUGUCCGACAGUUGCCUUCAUCUUUUCUUGCAGUCACAGCUCAGCAUAUCCAAGAUGGAGGCCUGUGCUACUGGGAGGACCCACUACUCUGUGGCCCAGGCGGUCCAGCGCUGUGGCCUUAGGCGAUUCCACUCUGAGGAGGAACUGCAGAAGGACCUUAGCAUGUCCUGUGACUCUGACUCAGACAGUUCUUGUCUCUAUCAUUCCAGCUCAGAGUGUCGAGAUCCAGAGCUUCGGAUUAAAGAUUUGGCUAUAAACAAAUCACAGAGUACGGCUUUACUUGAUCUCAUGGGAACCCAGCAGGAGGCAACCCUCAGCUCCUCAUGUGGCUCUACAUAAAAACAUCAUCAUCAUGAUCAUCGGCACAAAUGUUUGGACCUGUGUGGAAGAAAUUUGCCUGUUACCCUGUCAUACUGCACUUUUGGCUGCGUGGUAGCUUAUGAUUAUCUUACUUAUAAAAAGUCAUUGAGUUCUCAUUAAGGCGUUUUAGUUUGAAACCUGUACAGUAAAUAAUAAUAAAAUGUACCUAUUGUGUUGUUUA